AUGUCUCACGGCUUCAGCGGACGCUCUAUGAAGAACCACAGUGUUCUUGGUCAGGCCGCCGUCUGUAUCACCGAUCAGAUGGCUGACCUUGCUGCCUGGGAUGGUUCCAGCUGUGACCCCAUCACUCGUAAGACCACUCUUACCUGCACUAUGGGUCCCUCUGAUUGGGAUGUCGAGACUUUGGUCAAGAUGAUUAACCAGGGACUCAACAUCGCUAGGUUCAACUUCUCCCACGGUGACUUUGAGAGCCACAGCAAGUGCCUUGCCAACCUUAAGGAGGCUCUCAAGCAGUGCCCCGGCAAGCACGUUGCUGUCAUGCUCGAUACCAAGGGACCUGAGAUCCGUUCGGGUUUCUUUGCUGCUGGUGGUAAGGUCGAGCUCGAGGCCGGUCAGGACUUGAUCCUCACUACUGAUUACUCCUUCAAGGGUGAUGCUCACAAGAUUGCCUGUACCUACCCCAAGCUCCCUCAGAGCGUCAAGCCCGGCUCCAUCAUCCUUAUGGCCGAUGGUACGGUUAACCUGGAGGUUGUUGAAUGCUACGAGGACAGCGUUAAGACUCGUGUCUUGAACCACGCUAUCAUCGGUGAGCGUAAGAACAUGAACCUCCCCGGUGUCAGGGUUGACCUUCCCUGCAUUGGUGAGAAGGAGGCCAACGAUAUCCUCAACUGGGGACUUCCCAACGGAAUCGAUUUCAUCUCCGCUUCAUUCGUCCAGCACGGUGAUGAUAUCCGUGGUCUCCGUAAGUUGAUGGGUGAGGCCGGUAAGAACGUUCAGAUCAUCUCCAAGAUCGAGAGCACUGAGGGUCUCAGGAACUUCGAUGAUAUCCUCGAGGCUUCCGAUGCCAUUAUGAUCGCUC